AUGGACGUGGACGUGGACGUGGACGUGGACGUGGACGUGGACGUGGACGUGGACGUGGACGUGGACGUGGACGUGGACGUGGACGUGGACGUGGACGUGGACGUGGACGUGGACGUGGACGUGGACGUGGACAUGGACGUGGACGUGACGUGGACGUGGACAUGGACGUGGACGUGGACGUGGACGUGGACGUGGACGUGGACGUGGACGUGGACAUGGACGUGGACGUGGACAUGGACGUGGACGUGGACGUGGACGUGGACGUGGACAUGGACGUGGACGUGGACGUGGACAUGGACGUGGACGUGGACGUGGACGUGGACGUGGACGUGGACGUGGACGUGGACGUGGGGUGGACGUGGACGUGGACGUGGACGUGGACGUGGACAUGGACGUGGACGUGGACGUGGACAUGGACGUGGACAUGGACGUGGACGUGGACGUGGACGUGGACGUGGACGUGGACGUGGACGUGGACAUGGACGGACGUGGACGUGGACGUGGACAUGGACGUGGACGUGGACGUGGACGUGGACGUGGACGUGGACGGACGUGGACGUGGACGUGGACGUGGACGUGGACGUGGACGUGGACGUGGACGUGGACGUGGACGUGGACGUGGACAUGGACGUGGACGUGGACGUGGACUGGACGUGGACGUGGACGUGGACGUGGAUGGACGUGGACGUGGACGUGGACGUGGACGUGGACGUGGACGUGGACGUGGACGUGGACGUGGACAUGGACGUGGACGUGGACGUGGACGUGGACGUGGACGUGGACGUGGACGUGGACGUGGACAUGGACGUGGACGUGGACGUGGACGUGGACGUGGACGUGGACGUGGACGUGGACGUGGACGUGGACAUGGACGUGGACGUGGACGUGGACGUGGACGUGGACGUGGACGUGGACAUGGACGUGGACGUGGACGUGGACGUGGACAUGGACGUGGACGUGGACGUGGACGUGGACGUGGACAUGGACGUGGACGUGGACGUGGACGUGGACGUGGACGUGGACGUGGACGUGGACGUGGACGUGGACGUGGACAUGGACGUGGACGUGGACGUGGACGUGGACAUGGACGUGGACGUGACGUGGACGUGGACGUGGACGUGGACGUGGACAUGGACGUGGACGUGGACGUGGACGUGGACAUGGACGUGGACGUGGACGUGGACGUGGACGUGGACGUGGACGUGGACGUGGACGUGGACGUGGACGUGGACGUGGACGUGGACUGGACGUGGACGUGGACGUGGACGUGGACAUGGACGUGGACGUGGACGUGGACGUGGACGUGGAUGUGACGUGGACGUGGACGUGGACAUGGACGUGGACGUGGACGUGGACGUGGACGUGGACGUGGACAUGGACGUGGACGUGACGUGGACGUGGACGUGGACUGGACGUGGACGUGGACAUGGACGUGGACGUGGACGUGGACGUGGACGUGGACGUGGACGUGGACGGACGUGGACGUGGACGUGGACGUGGACGUGGACGUGGACGGACGUGGACGUGGACGUGGACGUGGACGUGGACGUGGACGUGGACGUGGACGUGGACGUGGACGUGGACGUGGACGUGGACGUGGACGUGGACGUGGACGUGGACGUGGACGUGGACGUGGACGUGGACGUGGACGUGGACGUGGACGUGGACGUGGACGUGGACAUGGACGUGGACGUGGACGUGGACGUGGACAUGGACGUGGACGUGGACUGGACGUGGACGUGGACGUGGACGUGGACGUGGACGUGGACGUGGACGUGGACGUGGACGUGGACAGGACGUGGACGUGGACGUGGACGUGGACGUGGACGUGGACGUGGACGUGGACGUGGACGUGGACGUGGACGUGGACGUGGACGUGGACGUGGACGUGGACGUGGACGUGGACGUGGACGUGGACGUGGACGUGGACGUGGACGUGGGCGUGGACGUGGACGUGGACGUGGACGUGGACGUGGACGUGGACAUGGACGUGGACGUGGACGUGGACAAGGACGUGGACAUGGACGUGGACGUGGACGUGGACGUGGACGUGGACAUGGACGUGGAGUGGACAUGGACGUGGACGUGGACGUGGACGUGGACGUGGACGUGGACGUGGACGUGGACGUGGACGCGGACGUGGACGUGGACAUGGACGUGGACGUGGACGUGGACGUGGACGUGGACGUGGACGUGGACGUGGACGUGGACGUGGACGUGGACGUGGACGUGGACGUGGACGUGGACGUGGACGUGGACAUGGACGUGGACGUGGACGUGGACGUGGACGUGGACGUGGACGUGGACGUGGACGUGGACGUGGACGUGGACGUGGACGUGGACGUGGACGUGGACGUGGACGUGGACGUGGACGUGAACGUGGACAUGGACGUGGACGUGGACGUGGACGUGGACGUGGACGUGGACGUGGACUUGGACGUGGACAUGGACGUGGACGUGGACGUGACGUGGACGUGGACUUGGACGUGGACAUGGACGUGGACGUGGACGUGGACGUGGACGUGGACGUGGACGUGGACGUGGACGUGGACGUGGACCUGA